AGCAAUAUAGAAAUAAAACGUUUGAAAAGCAUUUGUGGCCGGUUGCGUCAUUCGUCAACAAUCAUUAACUACGACGGAGUUCAAAAGAUGCUACUUGGAUAAAAUAACAGUGUGUUGAUUUACACUAUCAAUCAUAAAGGAUAUCGGGAAUUCAGUUUAAAAAAAAUUAGACCAGAGUGUGAUAUUAGAUCCUCUCGGAAAUCUUGGUUGUGGUGACAGCCUGAUCUGCAGCGUAGCUCAAGGGCUAGGUUAAUCUGACUAAUUUGAUUCUAAGUAGGCGGAGAAACGUACGAGUGGACUCAACAUAAAUUCAGAGAGACUUUUUAUUCAAUAUCGUCUUCCAGUACUUUCUUCACAGGCGACAAGCUUUGGAACAACUGCAAUGAACAGAGAUUACAGUAGUUUGGGAACAGUGUUAGCAUGCGUAGUGUUUUAAAAAAUAUCAGUCAUAUGUAAAUGACACGUUUGGAACGGCUGGUCGCUAAUGACUUAGGAGGACAGUGCGUUCAAUCUAAAUUAGUUUUGUGUUGUUGUGUCACAGCAGAUCACACCGUUGGAGGUUGUUGGUGUCGUCGAGAAGGCCAUCUGUCGUGCAUGUGCGCCAUUUUGCUAGGGUUUGGCACAGAGCUGGAAGGCACUGUGUAGAUAUUUAAGUACUAUUUGGUAAUCUAGUUGUAUUACCAUUGUGAUUUUAAGAUGUCAUCCUCUUACAACAAUACCGAAGAGAGUUCUUCUGAUCGUAACGUGGAAAUAUGGAAAAUAAAGAAGUUAAUUAAAAGUCUGGAGAUGGCCAGAGGAAAUGGUACCAGCAUGAUAUCGCUCAUAAUACCACCAAAAGAUCAAAUAUCGAGAGUAAGCAAGAUGUUGGCUGAUGAGUUCGGAACGGCAUCGAACAUUAAAUCUAGAGUAAAUAGAUUGUCUGUGUUGGGCGCUAUAACUUCCGUGCAACAUAGAUUAAAGCUUUAUACAAAAGUGCCACCAAACGGGCUGGUAAUAUAUUGUGGAACAAUAGUUACUGAUGAAGGCAAAGAGAAGAAAGUUAACAUAGAUUUUGAACCUUUCAAACCCAUAAAUACAUCAUUGUAUUUAUGUGACAAUAAGUUUCACACAGAGGCCUUAACAGCUUUGCUUGCGGAUGAUAAUAAAUUUGGUUUCAUUGUUAUGGAUGGUAAUGGUGCUUUAUUUGGAACAUUGCAAGGAAACACGAGAGAAGUUCUUCACAAGUUCACGGUAGAUUUACCGAAAAAACAUGGAAGAGGUGGUCAGUCUGCACUUAGAUUUGCAAGAUUGAGAAUGGAGAAGAGACAUAACUAUGUGCGCAAAGUUGCAGAGGUUGCAACAACUCUUUUUAUAACGAAUGAUAAACCAAAUGUAGCUGGAAUAAUAUUGGCUGGCAGUGCAGAUUUCAAGACUGAACUUAGUCAGUCAGAUAUGUUUGACCCAAGACUUCAAGCAAAAAUCAUAAAGCUAGUUGAUGUUUCAUAUGGAGGAGAGAAUGGAUUUAAUCAAGCAAUUGAGUUAGCUGCUGAAUCUCUUCAGAAUGUGAAAUUCAUUCAGGAAAAGAAGCUUAUUGGACGUUAUUUUGAUGAGAUCAGUCAAGACACUGGAAAAUAUUGCUUUGGUGUUGAAGACACUUUAAGAGCGUUGGAGCUGGGGUCUGUAGAAACUCUGAUCUGUUGGGAAAACCUAGAUAUUCAGAGAUACGUGUUGAAAAACCAUGUGACCUCAGAGGAGAAAAUACUGCAUUUAACUCCAGAACAAGAGAAAGACAAGACUCAUUUCACUGACAGAGAGAGUGGAGUUGAACUUGAGUUAGUAGAAUGCCAACCUCUUUUAGAAUGGCUGGCAAACAAUUAUAAAAGUUUUGGUGCUACACUCGAAAUUAUAACGGACAAAUCGCAGGAGGGUUCUCAGUUUGUCAGAGGAUUUGGUGGCAUAGGAGGUUUACUUCGAUACAAGGUAGACUUCCAAAGUAUGCAGUGUGAUGAGUUGGAAGAUGAUCUAUAUGACAUUGAUGACUACUAGGAAACAAUUGUAACAUAGUUUUUAUCUGAACUGUCGUCUGCAUGUGGUGGCCAACUCUCCGAACCAUGUUUUUGAUGUUUGUGAAUGUUAAAAGUUUUUGCGAUUAUAAAGAACGCCUUUAUACUGAUCGGAAGUAUGCAUUAUUCAGUUCUUUAAAAACAUGGUUGUUGGAGGAACUUUAAAAUAAGACUGCCAUGUGGACAAAGAAUAAGAAAUUUCUAGUAAAUACCACAGAGUUGACUUCACUGUCAAGUUACACUGAGCAAAUGAAAUGCUCAAGGUACUGACUUAAGACCCUGAAGUGCUUUCUCAAAGAGUUUUCAUUUGGUUGUAACAGAGAAUUGGACACAAUGAAAAUGUUUAUCCUACGAUUAUUUACAAUUUUUCAUACCGUUAUGUUUAUACAUUUUAGUUAUUUAUGUUAAAUGUUCCAAGAUAAGCAUCCUUCGUACCUGUGCUUCACUUUCACUGCUGUAAAUUUGAGAUUUAAGCUGCUCUAUUAUACAAACACACCAGGAAAUUUCUGUGGAUCAGAAAGUUCAAGAAUUUCUGGUGUUGCAAAUGAAAUAGGCUCUACUGUAUCUAAAUGCACAGGAUUAUUAUUUUAACCUGUUUAUGGAAAGAUUCUAUUGGUUAAGGUUUUUAAACUAAUAACCUGUAAACUGCCAUUGAUAGUUGAGGUAAAUUGAUGUUGAUUGCAGAGUAUUGUCAUGUUUAAUUUCUGACACUAUAUACAUAUAUAUUGUGGAAAUGAAUUUCUUUGUGCAUUUUGGCACAACUUUAAUAUUAAACAUGUGAUGGAGC